AUGACUAUUUACAAGUUUGGCCCACAUCUCAUCAAGGAAUCUCAAGUUUUUUUCAAGUCCAAAUUGACUAUUGGUAUUAUCAACUUGAAACCUAUUGCUCCUGGACAUGUUCUAGUAGUACCAAAAAGGAAUACACCUCGACUAAAAGACUUGACAGAAGAAGAGAUAGUUGAUUUCAUGUUAUCAGCACAAAAGAUUGGCAAUGUUCUUGAAAAACACUACCACGGAACGUCACUGACCAUGACCAUUCAAGAUGGUCCUCAAGCUGGACAGACAGUUCCUCAUGUUCAUAUGCAUGUCAUUCCUCGUAAAAAGGGUGAUUGGGCUAAUAAUGAUGAUGUUUAUGAAGAAUUAGACAAGAAGGGUGUCGAUAAUGAAGAAAGAGAGCCACGAACUGAACAAGAUAUGGCACAGGAAGCAGACCAGUUGCGUCCUUAUUUCCUAAGUUCAUAA